GACGACCUAAAUUUACUUCACCGGUUUGAUUACGGAGAAGACGAGCUUAGCUUCAAUGGCGCCUGUUAAUAUGACUGGCGCUGUUGUUGCAGCGGCGGCGUUGCUGAUGCUUUCUUCUUACAGUUUCUUCCGUCUCUCCGAGAAGAAGAAGAAGAGGAAGGACAAGUUGAGUAUGAGAAACGGGCUUGUUGAUGCCAUUGGCAAUACUCCUCUGAUUCGUAUCAAUAGCCUCUCUGAGGCUACUGGAUGUGAGAUUCUUGGGAAAUGCGAGUUUUUGAAUCCAGGAGGUAGUGUUAAAGAUAGAGUUGCUUUGAAGAUCAUUCAAGAGGCUUUGGAAUCUGGUAAGCUAUUCCCUGGAGGAAUUGUAACUGAGGGUAGUGCAGGAAGUACUGCCAUUAGCCUUGCUACAGUUGCUCCGGCUUAUGGGUGUAAAUGUCAUGUUGUUAUACCUGAUGAUGCUGCUAUUGAAAAGUCUCAAAUAAUUGAAGCCCUUGGAGCUACUGUUGAGAGAGUGAGGCCAGUGUCAAUAACUCACAAAGAUCAUUAUGUCAACAUUGCGAGGCGACGUGCUGACGAAGCAAAUGAGUUAGCAUCAAAGAGAAGACUAGGGAGCGAAACAAAUGGCAUACACCAGGAGAAAACUAAUGGCUGCACGGUUGAGGAAGAGAAAGUGCCUUCCUUAUUCUCCGAUUCAGUUACCGGUGGCUUCUUUGCAGAUCAAUUUGAAAACUUGGCAAAUUAUAGGGCUCAUUAUGAAGGUACUGGCCCUGAAAUCUGGCACCAGACUCAGGGUAACAUUGAUGCCUUUGUUGCUGCUGCGGGGACAGGUGGUACUUUAGCUGGCAUUUCAAGGUUUCUUCAGGAUAAGAAUGAAAGAGUUAAAUGCUUUCUGAUCGAUCCUCCUGGAUCUGGUCUGUACAAUAAAGUAACACGGGGAGUGAUGUACACAAGAGAAGAAGCUGAAGGGCGUCGACUGAAGAACCCAUUUGAUACAAUAACAGAAGGGAUCGGAAUCAACAGGCUUACUAAAAACUUCCUGAUGGCAAAACUUGACGGUGGUUUUCGUGGUACUGACAAAGAAGCGGUUGAGAUGUCGAGGUUUCUUCUGAAGAAUGAUGGGCUCUUUGUUGGAAGCUCCUCAGCUAUGAACUGUGUUGGGGCAGUGAGGGUGGCUCAAACCCUUGGUCCUGGUCACACAAUUGUCACCAUUCUUUGUGAUAGCGGAAUGAGACAUCUAAGCAAGUUUCACGACCCUAAGUACUUGGAUCUAUACGGGUUGAGUCCAACCGCGAUCGGAUUAGAGUUCCUCGGCAUAAAAAAUGGAGUCAAUAAGACACUAUUGAUCUCAUCACUUUCUUUCUUGAAGAAUCUUUGCAUUCUCAUAACUAUACCAAUCUUGUUUCUCUCUAACAUUUUCCACACGAUUGACGUGUUUAACAAGAAAUCCAAGUCUUAUCUUCAUGAUCAGAAGGAGCUUGAAGGUCAGGAAACCAAAACCAACCUACAUGAAGAAGAAGAGGGUUUGAUAGAGAUCUCUCUGGUGAGAGAAGCAAAGGAAGAGAAGUUGGAGAGACUGAAGAAACGUCGGAUGAGUAGAGAAGAGUAUUACGAGGAGAUGAUGAUCAUGGAGAUAUGGGAGGAAAUGGAAGCAGAAGAUAACUUGAUUGAGAUUGACAUCUCCAUCGGAUCAAUCGUAUAAUUCUAGCUGUUUAUCCGAACAUUAUUUCAUAU